GAAGGGUCGUAAGAUUUAGUUUGCGGAAUGAUGUUUGGAGGGGUUUAAGCAGUAAUAUUGAUUUACUUUGUGGAGAUUAUGGCCGCACCAUUCAGCCGUAGCUUUACCCGCAUGACCGUCAUAAAUCCCAAAGAAGCCUUGUCGGUCCAUGCCCCCAAAUUGAGGGAUGCAAGCAUGCGCAUCUUCCAUAGUCCUUCGGCAUCGCUUGUUUCUAUCUUCUGAAACGCCAACCAGGAAGCCAGCGGCUUUAAUUGCCUGCUUAUGAGCAGUCUCUGCCACGGCUUGAUUAUCCGACAUGUUGGGAAAGUGAACAACAAAUGACUUUAACGCUGCUGAGUUUCGAGAUCCUUUUUCAAACCAAAUGAUUGACUCAUCUCAACCCAAGUGGAAUCAAGACCAACACCAGGCCAUCAACACUAUUAUUCAAGUUGCUUUUGUUAGAAUAAGAGAAAUCUCUGUCACCGACGAUGAGUGGUUGAUAGGACUGUGGAAGCGCCUAGCUCGUCAUUACCAUACCGACACCACGGCACCUAAAGACAUUCCCCUUAGCAAGGCUACCACAUAUCUUCUUACUCCAGAAGAUGUUCGAUUUCAAGUCAUUUUGGACCUUUUAUCUGUUAUUCUGGAUCUUCAGCCAGAGAGUCAAGCCGAUAUCGAAAUGAAAUACGACGCGAGAGAACGUCGGUUUCUCUUAGAAGUGGCACAUGCCAUGCAACUAGCACCCGCAGACGUCAACAUGGCUGAGCGAGCAGUGGGUCAACAGAUCUAUUUCAAACUACAAGAACGAAAUGGCGCCGAAUCGGGGACGCGAACCAACGACAUGGGAGAAAGUGCAUCGGCUGCUAUGGAAGAUGCCAGCAGAAGGAAUAAAGCUUGGCGAUGGGUUAAAAUGGGAGCAGGAGCAGCUGCUGGAGGGGCUGUAAUAGCGUUGACAGGAGGUCUGGCAGCCCCUUUGGUGGCACCUCUCGUGGUUGGUCUCACUGGAGCGACAUUUUUCACCACAGCUGGAGGCAUUGCUCUCAUGACCGGACUAUUCGGCUUAACAGGAGGUGGAUUAACAGGAUGGAAAUUGCAUCGAAGAACUCGUGGUAUUGAUGACUUCAACUUUGAGCAAGUCCUUGAUCCCAGUAUACCCCACAUACCAUCACUCAACUGUACUAUAUGCGUGUCUGGAUAUUUACAGGAUGAUGCUUCGCUUUGUACUACUCCCUGGGAGAUCGCUUUUCACAAGUCCAAAGCGUAUCAAGAUAUUUAUUGUGUAAGCUAUGAAAAAGCUGCUUUGCUUGACCUUGGGCGUGCUUUCAAAUCAUUCAUUCGGAAUGAAGCUUUUAAGUACGCCGGAAAAGAAGCCUUAAAAAUGACCGCCUUGCAAGCUUUCUUUGCGGCCGUCGCACUACCAGCUACUCUGUUGAAGGCCACUGAUGUAAUUGACAACCCGUGGCAGAUCGCAUCUGACCGAUCGAUAAAAGCUGGCAUAGUAUUGGCCGAUGUUCUAGAACAAAGAGUGCACGGCAAACGUCCCUGCACACUGAUUGGAUUCAGUGUUGGAACGUUGGUGAUCACACAAUGCCUCCAGGAAUUGGCUGAACGUGGCCAGUUCGGCAUUAUCGACAACGUGGUCCUCAUGGGAGCCCCCAUUUCGAGCACCAACAAGAAAUUAUGGAUGGCCAUGCGCUCCGUGGUUAGCCAUCAAUUCAUCAACUGCUAUUCUCCUAAUGACUGGGUUCUAGCCACUGUGUAUCGACUCCAUUCCAUGUCAACGGAAGUCGCCGGGCUGUCCCCUAUCACUCAUGUUCCAGGAAUAGAAAAUGUCCAGGUGGGCAUUGAAGGUCAUGCAAGUUACAGCGAGAAUGUCAGCAGUAUUCUCUCGCAGGUCCAGCUUGUAGAAGCUUAGUACCAAUGUAGGUUGCAGAUAUAACCGGGAGGAUUGGUUGUUUCCCCCACUAGGAAUGUAAAAAGUCUACCUGGAUGGGAAAAAAUAAACGCAGGAAAAAUUUCAUUAACUACGGAACAUGCCGUAAA